GGCUCUAUGAAGGAGGCUGGGUGGGGCUCAGGGUAAGACAGUGAGGACUUACGUCUUAGUGUUUCCUGGUCCAAUUUGGCAAUUUUUUAAAUUAUAAAAAUUAAAGAGUAGCAGCCACAUGAAACCCUCAGAGUAAUCACACUUAAGAGAGUGGACAUUCUCGGAAAGUGGAUAAGGGCUGCGAAAGCAAGAGGUUUUAUUUGUAAUAAAAUUAGUAUAUAUAUCGAUUGAAAAAUAGCUAAGUUAACAGAACAGAUAUGGAUGAAAAGGCGUUUACGAAGGAACUUGAUCAAUGGAUCGAGCAGCUUAAUGAGUGCAAACAGCUGACGGAAAAUCAGGUCAAAACGCUCUGUGAGAAGGCAAAGGAGAUUCUGACAAAGGAAUCCAAUGUACAAGAGGUACGAUGUCCAGUAACUGUAUGUGGAGAUGUCCAUGGUCAGUUUCAUGACCUAAUGGAGCUGUUCAGAAUUGGAGGAAGGUCACCAGACACAAAUUACCUUUUCAUGGGAGACUAUGUGGACCGAGGCUAUUAUUCUGUGGAAACAGUCACACUGCUUGUUGCUCUGAAGGUUAGGUAUCGUGAGCGCAUCACAAUUCUCAGAGGGAAUCAUGAAAGCAGACAGAUUACACAAGUAUAUGGCUUUUAUGAUGAGUGCCUAAGGAAAUAUGGCAAUGCAAAUGUUUGGAAAUACUUCACAGACCUCUUUGAUUACCUUCCUCUUACAGCUUUGGUAGAUGGCCAGAUAUUCUGUCUUCAUGGGGGACUGUCACCAUCUAUAGACACACUGGAUCACAUCCGUGCACUGGAUCGUUUGCAGGAAGUACCACACGAGGGACCCAUGUGUGAUUUGCUGUGGUCAGACCCAGAUGACCGUGGAGGUUGGGGAAUCUCCCCUAGAGGUGCAGGCUACACCUUCGGGCAGGACAUAUCUGAAACCUUCAACCAUGCCAAUGGCCUUACCUUGGUCUCUAGAGCACAUCAGCUCGUGAUGGAGGGUUACAACUGGUGCCAUGAUCGCAAUGUUGUAACAAUUUUCAGUGCACCUAACUACUGUUAUCGAUGUGGAAAUCAAGCAGCUAUCAUGGAGCUAGAUGACACUCUGAAGUACUCUUUCCUGCAGUUUGACCCAGCACCUCGCAGAGGAGAGCCACAUGUGACCCGCCGCACACCAGACUACUUCCUUUAGUUCUAUACUGUGCAGUAUUGCCAUGAUUUAAUAAUCUAAUUUCACCUUGAAUCCAGGGCAACAAUAUAGAAAACUGAAAUCUUUUAAGAUGGCUAUUUAAAGUGACGACAAAAAAAUAACAUAUUUAAUCAUUUUCAGGAAAAAUGCCUGUGUACUUGGACCAAAAGGUGUGUGCCAUGUCCAGUAUCUUGACUAUAUUACCAGGACUGUUUUUUUUCACUUCGUGCUCCUUUUCUCCAAUCUGUAAGCAUAGCUAGUAAACAGACAUUGUUGAUCAUUGUCCCUUCUAUAGUAUACUUUGUGAAACUCAUGUUUGCACUUUUUUGUAAUUUUUUUUUUCUUUUUUUUUUCUGUUCUUGUAUUCAUCCAUUCCAGCAGUCAUUUACAGAAGGAAGAAAUAACUUGAGAAUGAACAUAUUAUUUAACAAAUGUUAGCUCAGUUUGUGUAUGGCAGGCAGGAGAAAAAAGGAAUGAACUAAAACUUUUGUGAUGGGUAAAUGUCUGUACAAUGGGCACCAGCUAGGUAAUAAAGAUGAAGUUGCUCCUUAA